AUGGGUGAUUUAAAUGUUGUUCUAAAGCAAGAAGAGAAAAAAGGUUGCAGACCUUUUGAUAGAGGUGAAGCCGAUGUGUUCAAUAACCUUAUAACUGAUAUGAACCUCCAGGACUUGGGUUUCAGUGGAUAUCCAUUCACAUGGUGUAACCAAAGAACUGAUAACUCAAGAGUGGAGGAAAGGCUCGACAGGUCUUUAAGCAAUGAACUUUGGAUGGAAUUAUUUCCAAAAUCUUCCAUCCAACAUCUCAUAGAUAGGGGUUCAGAUCAUGGCCCGAUAAUCCUAAAAACUAACCCUAAUUGGAAAGAUGGAGCAUACCCUUUAAAGUAUUUUGGCCCUUGGAUGGAACAUCCAGAUUGUUCUAGAAUUAUAAAAGAGGCUUGGAAAAACAACCAACAUGGUUCUACUAGUUUCUCUUUUGCGAAAAACCUCAAAAAUGUGAAACAUUUCCUGUAUAGAUGGAAUAAAAACACUUUUGGGGUCAUACAAAAUAAUAUUGCUAAUAUAAAGAAAGAAAUAGAUCAAAUGGCUGGUAACAGCAACAGAUGCAACACAAACAUAAAGAGGCUUGAAAUUUCUUUGAACAAAUGGCAGAACAUAGAUGAAAACUUUUGGAAAACAAAGAGAAGAAAUAAUGUGAUAAAUAUGGGUGAUAGAAACACUACUUUUUUCCAUAAUGCUGCUAGAACCAGAUAUCAUAGAAACAAAAUUGAUACUAUGAAAGACACUCAGGGUAACUGGCUAAAGGAUAGAAAAUCCAUUGCUAACUGUCUUACUUCCCACUUCCAGAGUAUGGCUACAACCAGUAAUCCAACUCUAAACAGAGACAUGUUAGAACUGAUUCCCACAGUUAUUACUGCCACUAAGAAUGCUAGUCUUAUGGAAAUACCCCUUGAGGGAGAAAUCAAGAGUACGCUCUUCGCUAUGGAAGGAAAUAAGACACCUGGUCCAAAUGGAUUCCCUCCAAAUUUCUUCCAAGAUUCUUGGGAGACCAUUGGAAAGGACCUAAUUGGACUAGUGCAAAAUUUCUUUAAAUUUGGUUAUAUGCUUAAGGAAAUGAAUUCCACAUUUAUCUCCCUAAUUCCUAAAUUGCAGUUCCCAUCUUCUCCGGGUGAUUUUAGACCAAUAUCAUUAUAUGAUUGCAUCAUCUUCUGCAAAGCAAAUAUUAAUGAAGCUAACAAGCUACUGCAGCUAAUGGCUCAGUUCAGUGAAUGCUCAGGGAAGAUGGUAAACCUGGCUAAAUCAGGCAUUUUUUUCAAUAAUAAUACUUCUCCUAAGCUAAAAUUGGACAUUACUGAAGUAAUGCAGGUCAGUCCUAUCUCCCUAAAGAACAAGUACCAAGGAUCCCCACUUUUUACUAAUAAAUCCAAGGUUAAAGCUUUCAACUCUGUGAUUGAUAGCAUCAAACAUAGGAUUCAGGGCUGGAACAACAAAACAGUAAACCCGGCUGGCAAAAGGGUCCUUAUAAAACAUGUUACCUCCUAUUUAGUUAAUUACCAGAUGAGCACAUUCAAAAUACCAAAAACCAUCACUAAUGAAAUAUAUAAAAACCAGAGGGAUUUUUUCUGGGGAAAAGAUAAGGAAAAAUCUAAAGGAAUUUACCCGAAAGCUUGGGUAGGGAUAUGUAAAUCUUUGGAAGAGGGAGGUCUAGGCUUUGUCAACUUAGAGAAAUUCAACAGUGCCAUUAUCUCAAAAACGGGUUGGCGCAUGAUGGAACAACCAAAUAGUAUAGGAGCUCAAGUCAUGAAAUCUAAAUACUAUAAGAAGGAAGAUAUUAUGCAUAUGUCUACCUUUCCAAAACCAACUGACUCUUGGGAUAAUUGGGUAAACGGAUUGAAUGCUCCUCCAACUAGGCCAGACAACUUCCCAAAAGGAGUGGAAAUGGUAGCUGAUCUAUUAACUGAAAAUAAUCAGUGGAAUAGAUCCCUUAUCUAUAAUAUUUUCCCACAUAAUAUAGCUGAUAAAGUCAUUCACACAACAAUAAGAGCCAUCCAGGAGGAUAGGGUAAAAUGGUCUCUAACUAAGGAUGGUACUUAUACUGUCAAGUCUCUAUACAAUAAAUUAACUCAUAGAGGUCAGUCAACUGCUCAAAACAAAAACUGGAUGACUAUAUGGAACCUUGGAGUUUCCCCUUCCAUCAGAAUCUUCUUAUGGAAAGAUGAUCAUUCCAUUCUCCCUACUGGGGAAAGAAUGGGAAGGCAUCUGAGCUACAUAAAUGCUAGCUGCAAAAUAUGUAACUGUCAAAAUGAGUCUCUAACUCAUUUGUUUAUCAACUGUCUCCUAAUUCAAAAUGUUUGGAGAGAACUCCACUUUGAACCUUAUGAUGUUUUCAGUCACCACCUGGAUUUUCAUGAAUGGCUCAUGAUGUGA